AUGAGUAGAAACGUAACAGUGAUAAAUGAUGAUGCAAAUGAUGACCAAAUGGCUGCUGAUGCAUUAAGAAGGAAUUUUCCAAUACCACGAAGCGAUCAAAUCGACAAUCCUUGCAAUCCUUAUAUUCCUGAUGUUCAAGUCGAACCAAAACCAAUGGAUGUCGAUAAAUUCAAGCUUCUAUAUCACAUUUCUCAUGCUCAGGUUACUCCUCCUGAUGAAAAUAUUGCCCUAGAACAUACAGAAUUAUAUCAAUUAUUAUUGCAAUCAUUUAAUGAAGGAAACGAUGAAAAUUUGCAAGAGCACAUUAUAAGAAAAUACUUACUUCUAGCGCAAUCUCGAUUUUUCGAACUGACAAAUACAAAAUCUUUAAUUCAAAUCGGAAUUAUGCAUGGAGAUUUACUUGAUUUAGCCGAAAAGCUCGAUAGCAGUCAAAAAUAUCCAGGGUUAUCAGAUUUUUGCAACAUGUUACUUGGUGAAACUUUCGAUUUGUUUAGUAGUACAAUUUCUCAAAUUGCUAAGAGGCAAUAUUGGAGUCAAUCAGCCUCUGCAUCUGAUUUGAUAAGUAAAGUAUUACAGAGAGAGCUUAUGAACUUAAGAACAACUCCAGUUAAUAAUAUGAUGAUUUUAUCAAGUUGCCUUGUUCGCAGAUCAAUAGAGAGUGCUCCAGAAAAUGAUAGAAAUACAAUUCUUGAAUGGGCUGCAAAAGAGCACAUUUCUGUCAAAUAA